AUUUCUCUCUCCAUAUAAAAUAACCCUUUUUUUUCUUCUAAAAAAUUAAAUAUAGCUGGACUAUUUGUCCUUGUGUAUACCUUGCCUUUUAAGCACACUCAUUUUCUACCCCUAUUUUCCUUUCUUCUUCACUUCUGGACUCUCUAGCUAGCACCUCUCUCUAUUCUCUCCCAAGGUGACUCCUACUUCAUAAUCAGAGGGCAUGCUUGAAUGUCCAGAGAAAGGGAGAGAUUUGAUGAGAUAGGGAAGAAGAUCAAGAGGGAAAGAGAUGUUUCAUCUCAAAUGGGAAGAAGACACAUGUUAGGCCCUCCAGGAACCCUAAAUACUAUCACCCCUUGUGCAGCAUGUAAGUUGUUGAGAAGAAGAUGUGCCCAAGAAUGUCCCUUUUCUCCAUAUUUCUCUCCCCAUGAGCCUCAAAAGUUUGCUUCUGUCCACAAAGUCUUUGGUGCCAGCAACGUCUCAAAGAUGCUCAUGGAAGUACCAGAGUGUCAAAGAGCUGAUGCUGCAAAUAGUCUAGUUUAUGAGGCUAAUGUGAGGCUAAGAGAUCCUGUGUAUGGAUGCAUGGGUGCAAUUUCUGCUUUGCAACAGCAAGUACAAUCUUUACAAGCUGAACUUAAUGCAGUGAGAGGUGAAAUACUUAAAUACAAACUCAGGGAAGCUAACAUGAUACCCUCCUCUCAUCAUGUUGGAAUGCUCCCUUCAUCUGGGGCUGUUUCAAUUGCUGCUCCACCGCCGCCACCUCCUCCACCACCACCUCCUCCUCCUCCUCCUUCUCUUCCUCUUCCUCUAACUUCCCCCUCCUCUUCCAUAUACAUCCAACAUAGGGAUCCCACCACUUAUACCACAAUUUCAAGUGAUAAUAUCUCCUAUUUUGGUUGAUAAAAUUUGCAGCCUAAAAAUAAUUAUUCCAUUUAUUUCUCUCUUAAGAUGCAUCAAGGUGGAAUAAAGUAAGUAAAGAAAAGGAGAGUAUUGAUACUGAAUGUUGUCAUGCCCCGGCUGUAUGCUUUUUUUCUUUCUUUUUAUUAUCUUAAUCCAUAUGAUUAAUAUGCCCAAAACUUCCCCUUGAUAUAUGGUUGGUUAAACUUUUAUUUUCUUCCACACCUUUUUUAAGCUAAUUAAAGCUACUAUCAUAUUGGAAAUUAAUUGCUCCUUGAUCCUGUAAUGAUUAACUACUGUAUUUCUUCCCCAGCCUCAAGUACAACCGAUUUAGACACAAUGCCAACUUGAUAUAUACUUAUGCCAAUUUUCCCUUCAUUAUUUUAAGAAGCAAAGGACAAUAAAGGGGGAAAAGAGAAACUUGGUUUUAUAUUCCAUUGAUGAUAUUUGAUCAACUUGGUAUGGGAAACGUAGCAAAUUAAGGGUGGGAGGAGGGAAUCACUGGUAUUGUUGGUAGAAUUAAUUUUGCACGUGACGACUGUGGUUCGUGACCAUAACAUUUCUUAGGCAUGUUAAUCUGUGCCACUGAAGUAUCUGAGUUUGCUGUCUGAAGUUGCGGGAGACAAAAGGUAUGCUUGUGUGAUCUUCACCAUGUUGAGUCAGACUUAACUAUUCUGAGAAAUUUCGUUUAUAUAUAUGGAAAUUGGGUAGCAUAAUUUUACGUCAAGUUGUAUCAUUUGUAUUAUACAGUCAUAACUAUAUUAUAUUAAUUACUGUCCUUUGUAGUA